CUCAGCAGCAUCGUGGAGCUCUGUUCUUCCCUGAGGAGAGGGAGAUAAAUACCUGAACUGGCAACACUGGAAAUGUUGUGUAAAGUCAGACAACUCUCAUUUCCACCAACAGCCUUUCCCCUUGUGACGACAGAACACUUGAAGCUCCUUCACUUGUCGACGGACGUGUUUGUCCAACACGGUACUCCAGUCAGGAGACUUGCAGAGUGGACAUGGUCCUCCCUCUCUCUGUAUUCUGGUGGUAGACUCCUCUGAGAGAUGUUUACCACAGCAUGACGU